AUGCCAGCUCUUCCAACAGAAGAACCAAUCAUAUCAGAUGUCAGACCUUCUUCCGUCAGGUUGUCAUGGAGACCAGCUGAUAUCCCAUCAUACAUGAAUGACACAACGAUACCCGUAACUUACACUAUCCUGUGUCAAGAAUAUCCAGACACUAACUGGCGUCCUCUAGUGAGAAGAAUACCAUAUACAGAUUAUACGGUUAUGGGUCUUCAACCGAACCGUGACUACGCUUUCCGUAUUCAAGCUGAGAAUGAUUUCGGUACAAGUAAACCAACCUUCCCUGCUACUCUUCGCAGGAGACCAGCAAAGGGUGUGACUUCCACUGACUACACCAUCUCUGAUUUGAGUCCUCGUAAGGAUUACCACUUCCGUAUUCGAGCUUACGCUGUAGAGAGUGGGGGUUGUAAAAUAUACGCAGACGUCAAGGGCUAUCCCCUGCCAUUAAUAACCUGGUACUUCAAGGGACAGAAACUGGACACUGAUGGAGGACGCUAUAACCUAGUUAUCUCCCCUGUUGGUCAGAUUGAUUUAGAUUUCAGGGAUGUGACCUGGGAUGAUAUUGGGGACUAUACCUGCGUGGCGGAGAAUGAACAUGGUAAAGCUGAAAGGAUCAUCCCACUCAAAAUGGCUGGUAGGUACAGGACUGAAAGCAAUGAAUCUGUUCAUUAA